CCGAAAAGAAAAAACGGCGCGCCCUCUCCAGAACCCUCACUCAUCUCCAAGCCUCAACCAGUCACCACAGACUCAAGCCUUUCCACAAUGCCUGCCGGAAUCUUCAACUCAACCUACUACGGCAAAGACUACCGCGCCGGAGCGGCCCUUCUCCGUGCCCGUCGUCCGUAUCUGUUCAAGAAUGCCUUGACCGGUCUGGCCUUGGUGUCUUUUACCAUUAGUGUUUACGCCUACACCAUCCGCGCCGUCGGACAGGAUGAGUUCUCGGACGUGAAGGUUCCCGAUGAGCCGGCUAAGAAGCAAUAAUUGAUUUGAAUAUUGCAUUUGCGGAAUACUGUUGUCGUUGUUUUAUUAUAUUUUUGGUUUCAGCGUAUGCUGAUCGAGCUGUGUGUGUGUGCAUGGAUUGAUUUGAAUGUUUGAUUGAUUGAUUGUUGAUGGUGUAUUGGGAUUGGAGUUAGGUUUGAAUAACUAUGAAUAUACUGUAUGUUUAACUUUUUGUGUGUUGGGUUUGUGCUGGG